AAAAGGGUAACAAUCAUCAGAGCCAAUUUAUGACUAAUAAUCGAUUGGAAAAAUUCAAUAGGAACAAUAGGAAUACAGCAAAUGGUUAACCUUUUUUUUUAAUUGUUCCAAUGGUUGUAACAAUUAAAUUACCAAAGACUAUACAUGAGAUUUAAUGGAAAGUAAAUCUUAGAAAGUGAAACAAAAUUUCUGAUUACAAUUGAGUUUCAUAAUGAAUCUGAAAUGAUCAAAUCAAAUGAUCAAUUGGACUUGAAAUUUACGAUUUUCUAUCAGGGUAAUUAACUAAUUAAUUGACUCGACUUUUUUUCUUUCUCGCCUUUGAGGUUAUUAUUAUUAUUGGUGUUCGAACCUAAUCAGCAAUCAUGAUUUAUCAGCAUGAGCAAUGAAUUAGUUGAUCACCAUCGUGAUGAAUUUUUGAAUGAAAACAAAACAAAUGAUUUGUCAACAUGAAAUGGACGAUGAGCUUUGACAGGUAGAUUGUCAGGUAAUUGUUGUUAAAUGUGAUUCGAUUCUCGGAGAUAAUAAUAAAUGUCAGAGAAAACCAGUCGAACCUCUAAAGUAGUUAAGAACAACUCAAAUGUCCAGGUAACCAAAACGAGUGUACCAACUAAUAGGAAAACGAUAGUUGGUGCUAAUGGUAAAAUCGAUUCUCGAGUAUCUUCUAGAAUUACAAUAUCAAAUGUGACGAAGGAUAAAAUUUCAACCAAUGAGAAGAUUCCAGUUAAAUCUUCAUCUAAAUUAACGGUUUCGACUAAAACGCCAACAUCGUCGAUUAAGGUUCGACCAACGGUGAAAACAACGAUUCCAGCGAAAUCCAAUGUUUCCAAUUCAAAGAUCACAUCGAAAUCAUCGAUCACUGGUUCUGGUGUAACUGGAAAAUUAAAUGAGAGACGAUUGUCUCGAAUUGAAACUAAGACAGCGACUAAAUCACGAUCAAGUUUGGAGAAAUCAGUAAUCAAAUUAAAUGAUGAUUCGAGUAAAAAGAAAUCAACUCAAGAUUUAAAGAUUGUCAAACCUGAUGAUUAUCAUCAACGUCCAUCAGAUGAGCUACAAUCAGGAAAAGAUGAAUCAGAAAAUAAAUCAAUUAGACCAGGAACUGCUAAUCGAACCCAUGGUAGCUCUUCCAACAGUCUAAUCAAAUCAAAUCAAUUAGUUAAUCAACAACAAGAAAUAGAAACGGAAAAGUUUGUAGAAAGAAAACAGAAUAUUACAAGUUCGACAUUGGAUAAAGUUGAAACUGACAAUUCGCUGAGUGGCCAUGAAAGUACUAAUGAUAUCGAAGAAGUGACAGAAGCUGAUUAUUCAGAUGAUUUCGAGGAUUAUGAAUCUGAUUUUGAAGAGUACGAAAGUGACAAUGAAAUGAAGACACCCAACGAUAAGGACUCGUCCUUAGGCUCAUUGGAUUCGCCCGUAAUUUCAUUAUCUAGCUUGACUAAGCCGAAAUCAAUUGCAAAGACUGAAAAUCUGAAAUCUAGUGAACAAUCAACUGAUUCAAAAGAACCGUCAAUAAUUAGAUGGGAAAUCACUUUACCGCCUCCGACAAUAAAGGUUGAUGGUAAUAAAAUCAUUGAUGAUUCUUUACAGAAUCAAAAAGAAUCCGAAUCAAUGAAAUCAAAGCAAAUCGAGAAUUCAAAUCUCGAUGAUUCUUUAAGAACAAAUAAUCUCUUGAAACAUUUACUCGGUCCUGAUAAUGUUAAUACAAUCGCUAUUCAAACAGUGGAAACUUCUGAAUCUUCAUGUCAAUCAGAUGAAAUCAAUUCAACUCAUAAGAAUAUCCAAUGUCCAGCUCGUUCGAAUCUUGCUGAUGGUCCAUCCAAUCCCACGCCAAUCGAUAAUAUUGAUAUUCUUAGAUUGUCCCAUUUUCUUGAAAUCGGUGAAAAGAUAACUAAAAAUCUUAUAUCGAGUAAAACCUUUUCCUAUUCAAGUACCAAUGGUCAUCCUAUUAUCGACAAUUCUGGGUCAAUGUAUCCACCAAAAAUUCCGAGCUAUGGAUUAGAGCCAAACAAUUUAAUCAUCUCUUAUCACCUUCCUGAUGAUUAUAAACACUUUCAGAUCAAUAGUGUUGUGACCGAUAGUCGAUACGUUUAUGUGGUCACUAAUUAUGGUUCUGUUGACGGAAAUAAGUUCUUUGGAUCGUUAAUAUUGGUAUGGAACUUGUUAGAACCUCGAAAAUGUGAAUAUUUGUUACACUGUAAAUUUAAUUGUACCAAAGUUAUUACUGACAAUGAAUUCCUAAUAAUCGCUGGUUCCGUUGAUGGUUCACUCGUGGCCUGGGAUUUAAGGGAACCCUCACAUCAACACAGUCAAGUGAACAAAUUGCUCUUGAUCAGUACUGAUCUAACAUUGAGAAAUCCUUCAUUUACAACAGCGAUUGGUAAACACACUGAUUACCAUCAAGCACCAAUCUUACAAUUAUUUUACAGAUUUGAAGUUAAUGAUGAUACGGAAGCGAAAAGAAUUGUUUCACUUGAUGAAAGUGGGAAGAUAAUUGUUUGGUUAAUUGUUGAAUCUUAUGUUGACGAUUUAUCGGCCUUACAACAAGUAACCAUUGGCUUGAGACCAGGAAGUUGUAUUAGACUUCAAAUUUCAAUGGUCGUCAAUUUACCGACCAGUUACAUUGGAAAUUCUGAAAGUUCAAUCACUUGCAUUGAUUGUUCACCAACUGAUUCUUGGAAUUAUCUAAUUGGAACCAAUUUAGGUUCAAUUUAUCGAUAUUCGAAGUAUCUGGAAAAUUCUGCUGACCCAAUGGAAGUAAUUAAAUACACUUAUUUCUCAGAUGAAAUGUAUCAUCCGGUUACUUGUAUUUCUCAUCAUCCUAAUCCUGAAAGUGAAUCAUUUCUCGUCGGCUACAUGGAUGGAUCGAUUUGCCUUUUCUCAAUUAAAUAUCAAUUUCCAAUACGAAUCUGGUUAACCGAAGAUACUGGAUAUUCAACCAUAAUCAACUCUUUUUGGCUUUCCCAUGAAACUGAACUAUUUCUGAUUCUCGACCAAACUAAAGGUAUUUCUGUUCGUGAUGUAAAAGGUAAAGGAGAGAGUCUAUUUGAACACCAGAACGGAAAUGAAAGGAUCAUUUUCGUUAACGUCAGCACGAUCAAUUUGGAUGAAUACUUUUUGAUCUAUGCGUUGGCAGAUUCGUCGAUUUCAGGUUUCAAUCUUUCCAAUCACAUGUCAAAUAAUUGAUGAUGGUUCUCAGUUUGUUGGAAUCAAUUGAUACAUGGAGAUCAAAGAAAAGUUAAUUGUUAUAAAUUGU